CGGGCGGAAGGGGCGCGGUGGGCGCGCGGCGACGGGGAUGGCGGCGCGCGGCGGGGGGGGCCGGCCCGGGGCCGCGCUGCUGCUGCGGCUGCUGGCGGGGCUGCUGCUGGCGGGGGCUGCGGGCGCCGGGCAGCGGUCGCGGUGGCGGAUCCCGGCGCCGCUGGGGAAGAAGUUUAAUUUUGGGAAGAUUCUCUUCAGCAACACCACCAUUUUCCUGAGAUUUGAAGGAGAUGAAAAAGCUUGUGAUCCCUCCCAAAGUUACAAUGUUACUUGGUACUUAAGAUAUUCUGACUGCUACAAUGAAGUCUUCAACUUUGGGGAUGAACAAGCAGAGUACUAUUUUGGGGCUACAUCUGAAGAGCAUCCGGGUUGGUCAGGAUACUAUGCCAUGGCUUCUCUCCUCUUUCCAAAUUGCUCUGAACUCUUCAGGCCACAGAUUCUUUUUAAAGGAUUUGUUCAUCCAGAGCCUCUCUCACCUGAGAAACAUGAGGGCUUAAAACAGAAGGAGAGUGGAAAUCACACUAUAGUGGCAGAUAAAACGGCAAUGAAUGCUGUUAUCAAAACUUGGCGAGAUGGGCCAUAUAUAUUUAUUGUGCAAAUUGGAGUUACAAAUGCAAAGGAUUCUACUACCAAAGUUAAAAGAAUGGAGAAAGCACCACCUUCCUCAAAUCAGAAUAAGCCCUUUACAAUGAUAGUAGAACUGAAGGGGCCAUAUGAGUAUCUAUCACUUGCAGACUAUCCUUUGAUGAUUUUUUUCAUGGUGAUGUGUAUUGUGUACGUGUUCUUCGGGGUUCUGUGGCUUGCGUGGUCAGCUUGUUACUGGCGGGAUCUCCUGAGGAUCCAGUUCUGGAUUGGUGCUGUUAUCUUCCUGGGAAUGCUUGAGAAAACAGUUUUCUAUGCAGAGUUCCAGAACAUCCGCUACACAGGAGAAUCUGUUCAGGGAGCAGUAAUACUGGCAGAAUUGCUCUCCGCUCUGAAGCGCUCAUUGGCUCGAACUCUGGUCAUCAUAGUCAGCCUGGGAUAUGGGAUAGUCAAGCCUCGCCUUGGAGUUACUCUUCACAAAGUAGUUAUGGCUGGAGCCCUUUACCUCUUAUUUUCUGGCAUGGAAGGUGUUCUUAGAGUCACAGGGUUUUUCUAUGACACUGUGGCUCUCAUAGCAAACUUGGCCCUGUCCAUGAUUGAUGCCUGUAUUAUUUUGUGGAUAUUCAUCAGCUUAACUCAAACAAUGAAACUGCUAAAACUUCGAAGGAAUGUUGUGAAACUCUCUUUGUAUCGGCACUUCACCAACACGCUCAUCUUGGCAGUAGCAGCAUCUAUCGUAUUUAUCAUCUGGACUACUAUGAAGUUCAGGCUGGUAGACUGUCAGUCGGACUGGCAGGAGCUAUGGGUGGAUGAUGCCAUCUGGCGUUUAUUGUUUUCAAUGAUCCUUUUUGUCAUCAUGAUUCUGUGGAGACCAUCUGCUAACAACCAAAGGUUUGCUUUCUCACCACUGUCUGAAGAGGAGGAUGAUGAUGAGCAGAAAGAACCAAUGUUAAAGGAAAGCUUUGAGGGAAUGAAAAUGAGAAGUACAAAGCAAGAACCAAAUGGGAAUGUAAAAGCAAACAAAGCUCAGGAGGACGACCUGAAAUGGGUAGAGGAGAACGUCCCUUCAUCAGUUACAGAUGUCGCUCUUCCAGCUCUUCUGGAUUCAGAUGAGGAAAGAAUGAUUACACACUUUGAAAGGUCCAAAAUGGAAUAAAGGAGUAGCAUUUUGCUAUUGCAAGUGGAGACGCCUUUUAAAAAGUUGCUUGGUGGAGCAAGUGCAUCCUGCUGAUUUGUUUCUUGAUCUCAGCCGUGGAAGUUUGAUGCUUUAUUGUCAGGAGGGCGUCUUGCUGUGGAAGAAGUUCACAAGGACGUUAUAAACCUUUUGGAAAUUUGAAUUUACUAAGUUGCUGCAAGUUUGGAUUUUUAAGCAAUUUAAAUGUGUACUAUUCCAGCACCUUCUGUAACUUUUCAAAUAUUUAAUCUGUGAAACUAAAAUACCUAAUGUUUGCUUGAGGAGUUUAUAUUUCAAAGUUACAACUGACAUUUAGAGGUGAACUGCCUGUACCUUUUUGGGGUGAGGGUGGGGACAAAGAGAAAUAAGCACUGAAGAAACUACAGACCUGUUCUCUGGUAGGUAACGGCUCACUGCUGGUUUAUGUCAUGUGCCCAACCAAUGAGAGGUUUUUCGAGAAGCUCCUGUUAAUGAAGAAAAUUAAGAUGCCAGAAAGGAAAUAUUUGGAAAAGUUACAGUGAUAUGAGUUUUUAACAAAAUCAAGUGCAAUUUUAUUCAUAACACUGUGUAAGAAAGAUUUUCUAUUUUAAAUGCCAUUGACCUGUAGGUAACAGCUGCAUAGAGCUAACACUUGCUGUUAUGGCACAUCUCAUUGCCGGCAAUGUGGUGGAUGCCCGGAAAAAUCACUUGCCCCUAAUUUCCAUGUGUUGCAUGUUUUAAUUUAGAAAACCAAAACCAAAUAUCACCAAACCCACUCCUGUAGUGUUCCACAAGUGCUUGACCACUCAUUUUAAGCAGCUAAUAAGUAGAUAUUUCAGCAGAACUCUUCUCACUGCACUUGCAACAUCUCCCACAGAGAAGUCAGCGCUCUUCUACACGAAGAUGUCAUUCCUGUCUAGAGGGUGCAAAAGCACUGCUUACCUUGCUUGAAAGAGGCUUUGAUGGGAGUAUGCAGUGUUGGGAUAGAUCUGUUCCCAGUGUCUGUUUAGAAUUGUCUCCCACGUAAGUGGUGUGAUGAUGGGAUUUCCUGUCCCACUUGGUCCUUGUGGCCAAGAGAUACUCUAAGAUCACUCUGUUUCAGUCAAAGCUGCAGUUUUCUAUUCUAUAUAAUUGCUUUUUGUUUCUCCUUUUUGAAUGAAAAAGAGCUUUUGGACAGUGUUCUGUUUUUAUUCUAUGCUUGGCUGUAGAAGCUUCACUUGCAAUAACUUACACAUGGACACCCAUUGUGGACUGUAUGACAAAAAGCUCUAAUUUGGAUUUGUAUCCUGUACAACUGAUAAUUACCACGGAAGCAGCAGCACAGCUAGGCUUCUAUGGACCUGAUGUGCCUGCUGCUGGAAUGGCAUAGCGAGUCAGCUUUUCUGGUUCUUUACUCAUAGCUAUAUCUGCAGAAGUGAACUUGUGCCUGUACUUCCUUCAUUCCACUGUAAAGUCUGGUAGCUUAGCUGUAGUUCAUCUUUAUCAGCAAUUUUUGCUGAAACAUGACACUUCACAGCAGAGUAGCUGAGGCACAGGCACAUAGUAUCUUCCGCUCGCUGUGUCAUGGGAUCAGCAAAGCCUCAGAGGAGGGGCAGAGAAAAAAGCCGUGGCUAUAACAUUUCCAUGAGCCUCUGCAAGAGUUGCUGGACCUCUUCUGCCAUCCCCUUUAAGCCACAGAUAGAACCUUUAAUUAGAAAACACUUCUAAUUUGCUAUGCUUAAUUGAUAGAAAUGAAACAAAUGUUACCUCCAUGUCCUUUUAGGGAGAAGAAAUUUUGUGAAAUAAAACUACACAAAACUUGCUGUUUAAUGAUUUUUUUUUAAAAUUUUAUUUUUAAAAUUCUGUUGUUUGAGGUUUUUGAGACAAAUAGGGAAAAUGUUCUCUAUUGGAAGCACAAAAUAAGUUUGUAUGUACUAUUUAAUAAAAGCUAGGCACAGAGUAGAAAGGCUUACUUUGUGUCCUACUUUUUUUCUUUUUUGGUUUUUUUUUUUUCCCCUCCUAUGAUGGAAGUAUGUCAUUUGAAAACCGCAUAUAGAUAGGGUAAAUCAUAAAUUUUGGAACAAAAGGGAAAGAUCUGAACAGUUUCCCUAAUUGCAUUCAUAGUUCAAUAAUUCAAAGCCUGAUUGUAGCAGUGUAGUGCUUUCAAUCUACAAUGACAGUGGUCUUGGCCAGUCCUCUCUGCCCUUUAUCCCUGCACUUAUCUUCCAUUGAUAUUUGAUAUUGUGCUGAAAUCCACAGGUGGUUUGAGGCUCCCUUAGUUAGCUGUUCUUGUUUUGCCACUUAUUUGUCAGAGUUUCUGUAUCCUUGGAAGGUAGCAUAUGCUUCCUAGCACAGCACAAAAGUGCUGUGAGAGACUGCAGUUCUCUGAGCGAACUUUUAUCAGAGCACAGUUUCCACAGCAUUAUGCAGACUGACACACACACAACUACUGUUGCAGUUAUGAUUGUGGAAGAGGUGGCUAAUAAGCAGCUGAUGAGAUUUGGGUGAGGAGUGAAGGGUAUGCAUGCAAGGGAGUUGCAGCAUUAUAGCUUCUCCCCUGAGCAUAUUUAGUCAGCUGGGUUGGUUCUACUAAGAACAUCUGCCUCUCCUGAUUCACGGUUUUCUCCUAAAGAUGUGUAGGCUCCAUAACUCGUCAGGAAGUUGGCAAGCUAGCUUGCUACAAUGCAUGAAACCAGAAAUAUUGCAGGGUUGUUACCUUUAAUUAUGUAGACAGGGAAGACUGCAUUCGAAUUUACAGCCAUUCUUUCAAAAUGGGUGUUGCAAUUUUAAACAAAUUGUACAGAUUACUCUGAAGACUCUGUGAUCAAGAGGGAGAAAACAUGUCUACUGCAGAUCUCAGAUCUAAGAAAAGUUUAUAGUGACUGGAAUGGUAUGUAGAAGCUGAGUUUUCUUUAGGAAAUUUAGCUGCUGACUUCAAAUAUCUUCAAUAAAUUCUCCCUAAUUGAGAUAAUGCUCUACUUGCAGAAAAAAAUAAAAUUCUGCUAGGAAUUCAAAUACAGAGGGAGUUUUUUUAAAGAGUUCUUGUGCCUGAUCAGUUCUCCGUAUGGGGAUUUGUUGGAAGUAGCUCUGAUACUACUGAUGCAAUUA